CCUAAUCCAGGAAUCCUUGUUUGUGAAACACGUUUAUUACCGAUCCCCUAAUUUUUCUCCAUUUUUCAUGUGCUGUGUUGAUUGUUAUUACUCGUCUAAUAUUUAAGGGAGAUUUCUCCAUGGGAUAAAUCUGAUCUAACCGUUUUUCAUUUUCAUGGACCUUUGAUUUGGAUUCUACUCUUCCAAUAUCCUCAGAUUUGUUUCCUUCGUGCAGAUAAACCUUCAAUCGAAACGCUGUGUCUGUUUUUUUGUUUUGUUUUGUUGGGUGUGUAUGAAUUAGGAGGGUUUCGAAGAGCAUAGAAAAUGCCUUCGGUGCCCGUUGAACUCCUUCUACGCUAUCUCUUUCCUUCCAUGACCAUUUUCCAUGGUGGAUCCUCUUUUCAUCGUCUGAAACCUCUUGAAAAAAGUGAUCGGCGUGGUAAUCUUAGUUAACACUAGGAUCUUCGGUUUGUCCCUUUCUGCUUUGCUUGUUUUGUUCUCGUUGUUGUUGUUGUUUCUGCUCUAAACGAGGAUUGAGCUGCGAGUCAAUCCGUCAACGAAUUGGGGAUCGAGGUGUUGAUCUUGUUAUUUCUCUGCUUGCUAUUCACAGUUCCUGUUUUGAGAGUGUUCCAGCUCUAAACGACGUAUAUUAAGUUGCCUUUUAGUACCUGAUACAAUCAAUGGACAUGUGCUCUUCGCCUAAUGCCGAAUUAAUAAGCAAUCUUGAAAGAACUUUUAGUGAGUCAUUACAUAUUCAAGAUGGUCAGAGAUCUGAAUAUGCAUCUGAGGGGAAUGAUAUCUGCGAUGUGGUAGAGGGAAACUUAUGUGAAGGUAUUAAACAGAAAGAAACAAAACUAAAUAUGGCGUGCUUGACAAAAUCUGCAACCUUUCCAAUUCCUGAUAUGAUGUUGCCUUCAAGCUCUUCUGAUGAGGAGGCUGAUACAUCAGUUACAGAAUCUUUCUCUGAGCAUUCUGUUCAUCAAACUUACUCACGCUCAGUAUCUCUGCCUGCUCCGUUGAAGCUGAUAUCUGCCAUGAAAGGUAGCCGAGAGAAAAAUGGGAGAUCACAAAAGAAAUUGACUGUAAAAUGGGCCCCUGAUGUGUAUGACCCAAUACCUACAUUAUUAUCGCACACUGUCAAAAACAAGAAACCACAGAAACCCAGGAAGAAGAAGACUGAAAAGAAGAAUGGAAAGAAGGGUCAGAAGGGAAAUUCUUCUCGAGGGGGCAGUGCCAAAGAUAAGAAGCAGUUUCGCAAACUGGAUGGGAACUCUGAUUUGUGCUAUAAGUCGCUGGAUUCUCAUGAUAAAGCCAUCGAAGCUUCUACUGAAUUAGAUGCUCUUGAUGUUCGUUGUCAAGAUUCCUACUGUGGAACUAGUUUCUUGAAAAAAUCAGUCACAGAAGUGCACUACUCGGUUGCAGAAGCGUUGUGAGCAAAAUGCUUCGAGUGUUUUGUCCUAUUUCCAGCAAUGUGCAUAAAUAAAUAACAUCUUGCUGCUAGAUAGAUUGUGUGGUGAAAGCUGUUUGAUACUCGUCGUGGACCUGGCAGUACAAACCAGCUUGAUGUUCGGAAACACAUUUUUGUUUGUAAUGUGGAACAAGUUCUUGUGGGUGACGUCAUUUCUAGGCUUCUAGCUUUCCAGGCAUCAGUUCCGUAAAGGUAGGAUCUCUGAAGUGAGCCUUUUUUGUUAAACCAUAUCUUUGUAUUUAGAUUAUUGUUUGCGAUCAAUGGUGCUUCUGAUAGCUAGACUACUAUAUUAGUUUCUGCACUAAUAAAUGCGACUACCCUCUUAAGAUUCAAUAAACUAA